CUCAUGUACGGAGUACUCCAUAACAAAUUGCGAAUGCGUCAAGAAUGCGCGAAAAGAUCUGCUGUUGAACUUGGUUGUGCGAUCAAACGAACACCCCUUAGCACUCACUGCGACAAGUUGUUACCUGUCUCUGGAAUCACCCAAUAGUGCCCUGUUGAUGGUGGAUUUCAACAAACAGUUCCUUCCGACAACCUGAAGGUAAUGUGCAUGGACAGCCGAUCGGGAGAUCCUCCCGACAAGGAGGGUGGGAACGCGGUUGUUUCAGCAAAGGGAGGGAUCCUCGCCGGCCCAUGAUGACGUCGGUCACUAUCUGAGUUACUCAGGAGCGGGGAGACUGCACUCCGGCCACCGACGGAGGAGUGGUGGGUAACUACUUGCUGUCUAUAUAAACGACCUCGAACCCCCCUCCGAACGCUCUCUACCGCUUUGCUAUACCCGCAAGAGCCUCAAGGCCGUUCCAAUUGACUUUACUCGCUUUUCGAUCGCGCAAGUUCACCAUUAUACGGAGAUUUCAGCAGGAGUAUUACAGAUUCAGAAAAUCUUUUGCAGUCCACAAUGGCACCAGAGCGGGAUCGCCGUUUUUUUCUCUUGUCUCACCCUCGUUCCGCAUCUAACCUCCUCGUCCGAAUGCUAGGCCUUGACCAACAACCACAGGUUGCUAAGCGCUGGCUGAACGGGUACUUUUUCAUCGAGAGCUACUUCUUGUCCGACAAACUGGGCCUUCGACUAAAAAAUGUCAUGGACUGGACAGACGAUGAACGGACUCAAAUGCGCCACGCCUACCAAGGAGCAUUUGAUACUUUGCAAAAUCACGUCUCCGAGGCGGAGAAGGAAGGCAAGAUUGUAUUCGUCAAAGAGCAUAGCUAUCUACUGCUGGAACCGGUACACCAGUUCAAGUUCCACUACGGCGAAGAUAGUGUCACCGAAGGCCCAUGGACCCUUGAUGUGCACGAAAGCUACGGUACGAAUCUGACCAGGUCGGAAGGAAAUAUAACGUUGCUACCGGACGAAUUUCUGGAUACCUGGAACCCGAUUUUCCUUAUUCGGCAUCCUGCUCUGAUGUUUCCAUCGUUCUACCGAGCGAUGGUCGACGUCCAUAAAAUGGAUGACAGAGAGGUUGAUGAUGACAUGUGGGUUGACAUGAACAUCCUUAUGAGUCUUUACUGUCCACGCACCACAUACGAUUGGUACGCCAAGCGCCGCGGGAAGGCAGGUGAUUCAGAGGAUCAACGUGACGUAUGUCCCAUCGUCGUUGACGCGGAUGACGUUAUCAACCACCCGGAAGUAGUCCUCAAGCUUAGUGACAAAAUUGGCUUGGACCGAGAUAGCCUGCGAUUCACCUGGGAGGCAAAAAUCAUUAAGGAAGACGGGGAAAUUAACUUGAAAUCGCAAAGGAUGCUAUCGACCCUAGCGGCAUCGCAAGCCGUUCUCAAAGACAAGGCUGCAGGCAACAUCGAUAUCGAUGUUGAGGCUAAGAAGUGGAGAGAAGAGUUUGGCGAAAAGGUAGCGGAGAACUUAAAUAGGCUGGUUAGGUCUUCGAUGCCGGACUAUGAGUAUCUGAAGGAUAAGAGGAUGAGGCCGAGUCAAGUUUAGAAGGAAGUUGAAUUGGCAAUGUUUACCGCUAGAGAGCGCUGGGACGACGAAUGUAUGUCCUGAUUGAUAUUGAACGACCCUACUCAACCAUGCAAUUUAUGAAUGACACAAGUUCAUAUUCACCUUAAACUUAUACUAAGGUAGAAUUUUUUUAAAUUGACUUUUAAUAUCUUUA